CUUUAUUUCAUGAUGACAAAUUCCUUUUAAAAGUUGAUUUGUGUAUGUUUUCUUAUGUUUGUUUUAUCUUGUGUUGGUUUGGUUUGGAAGGGUGUUUUUAUAUCUGAUGUCAGGGUUUCCAGAGAUGACUCAGAACAUGUUUCAGGAAGGGCUCUAUCAGGUGUUCUUCAAGGAACGCCCCCAGAUCCGCUCACUCGCAGUCUCCACAUCUGCAGAGCUCAAGGAAGCCAGACUGGUCCGCUGGUUUGGGACAGUGGUCAGCACACGUCUCCUCCUGGCCGGGGUUGUUCAGAUUUUAAGUGCUGUCUCCAGUGUUCUCUCCACCAUUUCUUAUACGUGUUUGGGUUUCAGAUGCUCUGUGUCUAUGACAGCACCCGUCUGGUGUGCCCUGCUUUAUCUUGCCACUGGUUCACUUGCAAUCGACGUACAGAGGAAACCAAAAAAGAUCAAAGUCAUGUUUCUGAUGGGUCUGAACAUUCUCAGUCUGCUGUUUGGAAUCUCUUCUUUCAUCACCUACACACUGAAGUCCACAGCACUUGGAGACGUCACUACUCAGCAGCGUAUAGGUGUAUAUGUGGUCAAGGGCAGCUGUAUUCUGUUCAUCCUCCAGUGCAUAUUUGCGGCCACAUACACAAUCUUUCUUGUUUGGAGAGGUCUGAAGUGUUCCAGCGCCCCCUACAGACAAGACUACAGCAGAGUAAUGCAGAAUACGGAUGAAUUUACAGAUCCACUGCUGGAAAGUGAACACUUUAGCCUUUGAACACUGAAACCUCUUGUGUGCAUGUUUGUGUGUGUGUGUUUAUUGCAUUCUAUAAUUGUUAUUUAAAUAUGUGAUGUAAGUGAUAUUGUAUUCUUUGAACUUGCCAGUUUUACAAGAAAUAUGUGAUAUUGCAAAUUCCUGAAUAGCUUGUACCCUACGACUCCAGCAGCAUAUGCUAGUAUGAUAUAGCCAGUAUCUGUACAUUUAUAGAGAUAAAGUUUAUAACAAUCAA